CAGAAGUGAGUCACUGUUCAGCUGAGGCAUUCCUGAAAGCCAGUGGUUUGAUUUGGGGGGCUCUGAGCGAAUUCCCUGCCCGAUUUUACAGCCCGGUUUUAAUACUCGUUCUUCCAACAUGGGCUCACUAGCUCGGCUGCUGCUCUUCACCUGGCUCGUUCUACCUUUAUUUGGCGCCGAAUGGCAAGAAAAGGGCUCGCGUCAGCGAGAUGAGGAGCUCAUGGAGAGGGUAAAAUUUCUGUCUUGCAUUUCGGGGUCACCAGGUGUUCCUGGCCGGGAGGGUAAUCCUGGAAUGAGCAUCCCAGGAACCCCAGGAAUCCCAGGACGUGAUGGAAUCAAGGGAGAGAAAGGUGAGUGCCUGCAAGAGCGCCUGGAGGCCUGGAGAAUCAAUUACAAGCAAUGCGCCUGGAAAGCACUCAACUAUGGCAUUGACCUCGGGAAAGUUGCGGAAUGCACAUUCACCAAGAUACGCAGCGACAGUGCUCUCAGAGUACUAUUCAUUGGUUCCCUGCGCCUGAAAUGCAAAACUCCCUGCUGUCAGCGCUGGUACUUUACAUUUAAUGGAGCAGAGUGCAGUGGCCCAUUGCCAAUUGAAGCCAUCAUUUAUCUUGACCAAGGAAGUCCUGAAUUCAACUCUACCAUCAAUAUACAUCGGACAUCUACAGUGGAAGGACUAUGUGAAGGAGUCACAGCUGGACUUGUGGAUGUUUCACUCUGGAUUGGGUUGUGUUCAGAUGGGUACCCACAAGGUGAUGCUUCAACUGGCUGGAACUCAGUAUCACGGCUGAUUAUUGAGGAGUUGCCAAAAUAGUUUUUAUUCUGCAGAAGCAAAGCUAUCAAGAACCAGCUUGCUCCUGUAGAAAUUAUAUGAUGGAAAAUAAUCAACUUCAUAAAAAAAAUUGUUUCAUUUGUAUACUCCUAAUUAUAAAGUGGCAACUUCAAAUUACCCAAUAAAAGUUAAGUAUCAAAUUCACUCAAUUAACUGGAAAAAUCAAAUUUAAUGCCAUUGUACUCGUGUAUC